CAGAUGAAGCCAUUUUUCAUUCAUAAUAGUGACAACAUUUAGACUGAUAAUGGAUCAACAAAUACGAUAAUUCGCUUUAAUUCCAGAGUAAACUCCUAUGGAAAUUUGGGGGCUCUGGUUUUGUUUAUAAUGGCUACCUCUAGGUCGGAUUUCGUUAUGGAAAGUGAACAGUUUUUAAGCGAAGAAGACCCAAACAACACAGCGACGGAUUCUGUGAUUAUAACAUACCAACAUUCUCCUCCGCAAUGCCUCAAAACCUGUUCUCCGCUCAGUCCUGUCGUCAGAGUCCGGAAAUCCCUGGACCGAGUUCUCAAGAAACACAAAACGAGGUUAAAAGCCGGUUUCCGGAUUUUUCUUCUUCUGGGAUAUUUUGCUUAUUUCAUUGGAGCAAUGGUUCAUAAUUUCGGCGACGAGGGUUCGAUUCGUUUACUUGUGUUGACAGUAGUUGUGUUGUUUUUCUAUGCAAUACAUACAUUAAAGAAAUGGUAUGGAGAUCGAGUGGAAGCAUUUUUAAACAGUACUCAAAAGAAUCCAAACUUUCCGAAAGAAAGAACGAGGAAAAUUUUUAAAAAGAUAUUAACCAUGUAUGUCAUCAUCGUCGUCAUCAUAUACAUCAUAGCUACAGUGCUGUUUCACAACCCCUUCAGACUUGUGCCUGUUGCUGGUUUACUCUUUUUCACGUUUGUGCUGUUCUUCUUUUCAAAGGAUCCUGAACAGGUUUCUUGGCGACCAGUACUGUGGGGAUUUUUGCUGCAGAUGGUCUUUGCUUUGAUAGUCCUCCGAACUACAUGGGGUUAUGACGCUUUUGAUUGGCUGGGAAAAAGAGUCACGGAAUUUCUCGACCACUCAGACAAUGGCGCGGUAUUUGUUUUUGGGGAUGCCUUCACUGAACACUUUUUUGCAUUCAAGGUGAUGUCUGUUAUAUUUUUCUUCAGUGCCGUCAUCUCCAUCUUGUAUUACUUAGGAUGGAUGCAGGUCUUAAUUCAGAAAUUGGCCUUCAUAAUGCAGUAUACCCUGGGAAUCUCCGCGAUGGAAUCACUGCACGCCGCAGUCAAUAUAUUUGUUGGAUGGGCUGAAACUACGACAAUCGUCAAGCCUCUCUUUGACAAGAUGACCUUGUCUGAACUCCACACUGUGAUGACGAAUGGAUUCGCAACAGUGGCAGGAAGCACUCUAGUUGUCUACAUCCUCUUUGGGGCUCCUGCAAAUCACCUGCUAUCUGCCAGUGUUAUGUCCGCACCUGCUGCACUCGGAAUUUCUAAAUUAUUUUGGCCCGAAAGCAAAGAAAGCAGACGAGAUACAUCUAACGACGCAUUCGAAAUAAAAAGACAGGGAAGAAACAUCAUGGAGGCCGCCUCGAUUGGCGCCAUUAUCGCCCUACCGAUUGUGGCGUACAUCAUAGCCAGUGUCAUUGCCUUCUUCUCUCUCCUGGGAUUUGUUAACGCUACCUUGGUAUGGCUCGGGGAGAGGGUCGGACUCGUACUACCUGAUUAUCCUCCGCUGACCUUUCAGCUUAUUUGCUCCUAUCUAUUUUGGCCACUGGUUUUUCUGUUGGGCGUGGAACCACGUGAUUGUUGCGUUGUCGCACGGAUGGUUGGAAUCAAGACUUUCAUCAAUGAGUUUUUGGCGUACGAAGAUUUGGGAAAAGUUGUCAAAAAUAAUCAGGUUUUUGAAUCUUACGAUGGUCCAUGGACAACCACAUCCAGCUGUGACGUAUUCUUAGCCGAUCGUAACGAAACUCUGACUGGAGGGAUACUGACUGAACAUUCGGUUGUUAUUGCUACGUAUGCACUCUGUGGAUUUUCCAAUCUCACAGCUCUUGGAAUCAUGAUAGGUGCACUCACAGCUAUAGCACCAAACCGCAAAGAAGAUAUAGUGCGUGUAUCCUUCCGCGCCCUGAUUUCUGGUUGUUUCGCCUGUUUUAUGACUGCAUGCAUUGCAGGCAUACUUUCGUCAUAGGCAUGUUUGAAUCCCUAGACCUAGAAAAUAUAUGUUUCAUUGAAUAUAUACAUUAUUAUAUAUAUCGUGUCCUCUGUGGCACAUACGUAUUUUUAAUAAAGUGUAUAAAUUUUA